AUGCCUCAGGCCAAAAUCAAACCAUCCGAUAUAGCUGCGGAAGCGAAGAGGCAUUUCAUACCACUCAUCACACAAAAGUAUCCUCAAUUUCCCGCCCGCUCGACUCUGUACCCCGACAGCGCCAACCUCAAGAAUGUAGGCCAGCACAAAAAAGACAACAAGCUUCGAAUCGCUGUCCUGGAUGGCGACCCCGUUGAUGUAGCAUUAGAAUGGCAUGAUUCGAAUUUCAGCGAAGGUAGUGCCUCGCGCUCGAGCUUGGCCGGUGCUUCCAUUCCCGUUGUUAAUAUGGCAAACGAGAAACGAGCUGGAGGCGACUGGGAAUCCGGUCUGAUUGCACCGGAAGAAUGCCUUUGCAGACGUUCGACACUCGCUCAAGCAUUGGUAGCACCAUGUUCUCUGUCAUCCAAACAAGCGCACUAUCCAAUCCGGACCACAGGAGGCAUCUAUUCCCCCUCGGUCGUUAUAUUUCGUUCAAGCUCUGGUAAAGGCUAUGCGGCUUUCAAAGAAUUCAAAGCGCUCCCCGUCAUCUCCGUAGCCCCAGUUCGACGACCGAAGCUCGAUGAAAGUGGGAUUAAUUACUCCUUCAAGCAGGAGAAAGAUAUGAUGAUGGAGAAAAUGAGGACAAUCCUUCGAAUUGCCAUGAUCAGAGGGCAUUCGGACCUCGUCAUGGGUGCAUUUGGAGUUGGCUAUGGUUUCCGUAAUCCAGCUGUUCAGGUUGCAAAGAUGUGGAAAGAGAUUCUCUUACACGAGAAAGAGUUCAGCAAAUGGUUCUCAAAUGUCGUGUUUGCAAUCGAAAGCACGAGUGGGACUAACAAGGACGGGACAACAGAUCUCGAGAUUUUCAAACAGGAAUUCGCGCCUUCGAACAUCAACGGGACUUCCUACCGAUGA